AUGUCAGCCAACUCGGCCAGUUCGUCCGACGACAAGUUGGAUGCGGUCGAGGCGGCGACGUUGAUCCGCCUGAACGGGUUCCAGCGGACGCUGAAGGAUGCGGUGAAAAUACAAGACAUACCCGUCAUCGUGACGCUGGCGUCGCCGCCCUUUGUGAUCUACCACAUCAACGAGCUGUGGUGCCGCCUCUGCGGCUACACCGAGUCCGAGGCGCGCGUGCCCGGCGCUGUGGUCGAGCGUGGAGAGCGGCCCAAACCUAGGCCCAAACAGGGGAAGGCGUCGUACGGGGGCGCGGAGCGUUUUACGCUAUUGAGCGAUGAAUCCGCGCUGUAG